GGGAUACACACGGUAUGGCGUAAUGGGCGGGCGGAGAGUGGUGGAGGCGUUUUUGUGGUGCUUCCUUGUUCCGCAUCCAGUUCACUUUCGCAUUGGUCUCAUCCUGCGCAGCACAUCAUACUAUCAUGAUGUACAAAGCCCUUGCCAGCCUCUCGGCGGUCGCCGCCUCCGUCGCCGUCGCCGCCGACCCCGUGCCCACGUGGACUAUGAAGCCUGUGCAAUCCAUCCAGGCGCGCGUGCAAGCAUUUCCUCCGUCGUACGACGCCGGCCCAGGCCACAAUACGUUCGUGGCUGACUUCGUCAAGGACGCCGUUACGUUCCAGGACAAGUACCGCGUGUCCAUGGAUACGGUCAACACGGCCAGCGUCGAAGGCGCGCUCAUGUACUUGCAGGCGGAAGGCAUCGACUACGCCGUCAACAAGCCUUGCUACCGCAAGAACAACAUGAGUUACAUCUGGUUUUACAACAUCACGAUCGUGCAGCCGACGUACAUGCUGGCCGAGUUCCAAGACACUCAAAUGCCUGAAUACGGGCCGUUCGUGGCCAUGGACAACGGCAUCUGCACGCCCAUCUCGGCCGCCGUACCGGUGCCCGCCGAGUGCAAAGAAAUCGACGGCCUCGACAACUUCCCCAAGCUCGGCCCGUUCGUCGGCGGCGAGCCCCGCAAGGACGACCCGCGCGCGCCGUACGACGAAAACAUUUGGUUCUCGUACCCCAACUCGUGCUACUUGAGUCCGUUUGGCGGCAAGUCGGAGGCAUGCCGCAAGACCCAAACCGGCGGGUUGUGCCCGCGCGGCACGAAGCCCGACGGCAUCAAGUGCACGUACGCGUUCGAAGUGAUUGGGUUCGUGGCCAUCGACGACCUCGUGGGCAUCACGAGCAUUCCGUUCGGCACGUCUGGGCGCACCUACUCUGGCUUUGUCGAGUUCUGCAAGGACAACAAGGUCGAGUUCGACUCGCGCAACCUCACGAGCAUGAUUCCGUUCUGGCGGGAUCCGUUCAACCGCACCGCCAACCAGGCGCGGUCCACUGCCCUCAUCAACUACUACAACCAAGUGGCCAAGCAACCUAACUCGUACAUGCAGCCGCUGCCGACUCUCAAGGAGCUCACGGAUAGCAACCCCCCCUGCUACUUGAACUCGAAGAAGUGCUACGACGCGGCGUUCGGGUGCCGCCGUGUCCUUCUCGCCCAGGUGUGCCAGGUCUGCACGACAGACGGCACCGGAUGCGUUAAGAAACCCGCCAACGCAGAGCCCUUCCCCGAUCUCCCCAAGGCCGAGCGCAAGGUGCCCCAGGAGCUGCUCGUGACCAACACUACAGGCGCGUUUGGAAAGAACGCGACGCCAAGCCCGGCCGCCCCAGGUUCCCCCUCGUCGAUCGCUGGCAAGUCAAGUGCCGCCGUUGGAUCGAACAACGGCCGGUGGGGGUUGGUGGUCGCGAUGGCGUCCGUCGUGGCAGUGAUGCUUGUGUAACGUACUAAAUGAUACAACCUCGUCCUAUUUAUACUA